AUAAAAAGUUAUCUAUGGUUUGGUUUGGUUACUGAUUUUGGCAUAUUUUGCGUAUUUGAGGUUGUUUUCUUUCAAUAGAAUACAGUAAAGUAGUUCGUAAUGGGAGAUUCAUUUAAACCCAAAGUUAACACUGCCGGAAAACAAGAUCCUGUCCUCCGGAAGGCAGAGUUGGAUUAUAUGAGAAUAAUCGAGGAGAAGAAUCGUGAGCGUGUACAAAAACUAGAGUUGAUCGCAAGGAGAAAUCGUAUUACGGGAUUGUCGAUCGGCGCCGGGGUCCUGGGCAUUUAUUUGUACUCUAUAUUUGCCGUGAAGCAGGAAACUUUCCUGGACGAUUUUAACGAACCAGAGAAAGUGCGACAGUAGUAAUGGCGGCUGCUAAAAGAGCAUUACAGAUACGACUGCCUCCUUUACCAAGUAUCAAAGAUGUUAUUAGGCUAUACAAAUUGCGCGCACUUCGGGAGUUAUCACAAAAUUUCUUAAUGGAGCCGAAAUUAAUCGAUAAAA